CUUGUUUCUUUAGCUCAACUUUUGAGGAACAGACCCGUGUCUUUUCCGCAACAUCUCCCUUUGUUCACACGCCAUCUCUAUUUAGACCUGAUUUUUGUGGGUUAAGAUCCUUUACUUGCUGCUGCUAGAACCCGCACUAUAGAAAAAAAUUAGUUCGACUCAUCUUCGAAUUUUUCGUUGACUGUUUAUCCUUUAAUUAUCCGUUUCGUCUUCUCUUCUCCUUUUCAUAUCCUUACCUUCCUUCCUCUUACAUCUCUUACACCGGAUUCGUGUGCCAGCCCAUUGCACCCCAAAUCUUUCUUAAACGUGCUAAUUGGCAAACGCGAUUUGACGGUAUCGACAUUAUGAACACCAUCGCCGAACGGAAUCGCCGCAGCUCGCAGGCUUCAGCCCCCAAUCCAGAGGCUGCUGACCAACUUUUGGAGACUAUGGGCUACAAGCCUGAGCUCAUCCGCAACCGCUCAACAUUUCAAGUUGCCUUCAUGUCUUUCGUCCUCGCUUCUAUUCCUUACGGUCUCGCAACAAGUCUUACGUACCCGUUGAGCGGUGGUGGACCUGUCAAUGUGAUCUGGGGUUGGAUGUUAGUCUCACUGAUUGUCUUUUGUGUUGCUGCGUCACUCGGCGAGAUCACCAGUGUUUAUCCUACUGCCGGAGGCGUCUACUAUCAAGCAUUUAUGCUCUCUCCUGCCCGAUGGCGGCGCAUUGCAAGCUGGAUAUGCGGCUGGCUCUAUAUUGUCGGAAAUAUCAGUAUUACGCUCUCUGUUAACUUCGCAACCGCUUUAUUCAUUGUCGGGUGCGUUAAUGUAUUUGAAAAGAGCCCCGGGAUCGGGGUUUUGUCUGGCCAACCUUACCAAGUAUUUCUCAUCUUCCUUGCCGUUACUCUGUUGUCUAAUGCCAUCUCGGCCUUGGGCAAUAAGUGGCUUCCCUGGCUCGAUAUGGCUGCUGUCUUUUGGACCUUCGCUGGCGUGGUUGCUAUUGUUGUCUGUGCUCUGGCUAUCGCGAAAAACGGGCGUCAUGAUGCCAAAUGGGUUUUUGGGCAUUUCGAGGCUAACUCUGGGUGGCAUGACGGAUGGUCCUUUUGUGUUGGUCUCUUGCACGCUGCUUACGCUACUUCGUCGACAGGGAUGAUUAUUUCCAUGUGUGAGGAGGUUCAGAACCCUCAAGUUCAAGUUCCCAAGGCCAUGGUUGCGACAAUUUUCAUUAACACAUUGGCCGGCCUUCUCUUUCUUAUCCCCUUAAUGUUCGUUCUACCCAACAUCCAGGAACUCAUCUCUUCCGCCCAGCCAGUGCCGCAGAUUCUGAAGAGUGCUAUCAGGAGCUCCGGUGGUACCUUCGGCCUUCUAGUUCCCCUGAUUGUUCUAGGCGUCAUAUGCGGUGUUGGUUGCACCACUGCCACAUCGCGAUGCACUUGGGCUUUCGCCCGGGACGGAGCUAUCCCAGGCGCCAAAUGGUGGUCCAAAAUUAAUCAUAAGCUAGAUAUACCACUUAAUGCUAUGAUGCUUAGUAUGGUUAUCGAAAUCCUUCUUGGUCUUAUCUACUUUGGCUCGUCAGCUGCCUUUAACGCUUUCUCUGGCGUCGGUGUUAUUUGUCUGACUGCUUCCUACGGAACUCCUAUUGCUAUCAGUCUUGCCACGGGGCGUAAGCAGGUUAAGACUGGAAACUUCUAUCUUGGCACUUUUGGGUAUGUCGCCAACAUUGUUGCUACUGUCUGGUCGGUGCUGGCUCUGCCAUUAUUCUGCAUGCCUUCAACUAUUCCUGUCACUGCCAAGACCGUGAAUUACGCGCCUGUUGUGUUUGUGUUUGCUUGUUUGGUCUCAGGUAUCUGGUAUUGGGCUUGGGGACACAAGAACUAUGCUGGCCCGCCCACCAGAGAGAUGGAGGCUGUCGCAGCUAGCAGGAUGGGAUUGUCACAAGAUAUCCCAGGCCAGAAGCAGUAAUAUUAGCUUCUAGGGGAAUUUCAGACCACUAAAUCGCCCAGAGUGUUAUAUAUCUUGGUGGGAUAUAGAAUAAUCGCCAACACGAGCUUUGAUAAAGACGACAAACCGGGGCGGGCACAUUGCAGUCUUUUGGAAAAGGAAAAAGGAAGGCACGUGGGUCCAUAAUAGGCUUUAAAGAUGUUGGAUGUGUAAAGAAAGUAUCGGAAAGUUCCGCUUCAGCAGCAACGCGUCAAUUACGGCUAUUGAUACUACUUUGAUAGACUCCGAACGGUUCUUACACUCAGGGUUCGGCGCAAAAUACAGACCACUUUGAAAUGUA